UACACACGACCCAGAUUCCUUGAAACGCAAUAGUUCAUUAAUGGCAGCCAUGCUAAAGCCAGCGUAAUAAUAUUUGAGCAUUAUGAUUGUCAAGUCUGACAGACAUUAGCACUAUAACCCACCUUUAUAAGUAUUAUUAAUAUUAUGACUAUAAUUGUUAUUGUUACUAUUAUUUUGGUAAUAAUCAUGAACAUUUCCUGUAUGAUUAUUAUCAUUAUUAUAAUUAUUACAAUUAUCACUAUGAUAAUAAUAAUUAUUGUAAUUAAUAUUAUCAUGUUUUCUAGAAAAGUAAGCUGUAAAAUGCUUAAAUUGCCAACACAUUGAGAGGUUCUAAAUCAUUACACGGUUAUUCACAGCCUUAGUUCAUCCACUCAGUCCCUGUAGACAAUGGGUUCAUCCAUCCAGUUCCUGUAGGCAAAGGGUUCAUCCAUCCAGUUCCUGUAGGCAAAGGGUUCAUUCACCCAGUUCCUGUAGGCAAUGGGUUCAUCCAUCCAGUUCCUGUAGGCAAAGGGUUCAUUCACCCAGUUCCUGUAGGCAAUAGGUUCAUCUACCCAGUUCUUGUAUGCAAUGGGUUCAUUCACCCAGUUCCUGCAGGCAAUGGGUUCAUUCACCCAGUUCCUGCAGGCAAUGGGUUCAUCCACCCAGUUCCUGCAGGCAAUGGGUUCAUCCAUCCAGUUCCUGUAGGCAAUAGGUUCAUCUACCCAGUUCUUGUAUGCAAUGGGUUCAUUCACCCAGUUCCUGCAGGCAAUGGGUUCAUUCACCCAGUUCCUGCAGGCAAUGGGUUCAUCCACCCAGUUCCUGCAGGCAAUGGGUUCAUCUACCCAGUUCUUGUAUGCAAUGGGUUCAUCCACCCAAUUCGCUAAAGCUUUCGUCAAAGUCGUUAACUUAUAGGAAAUUUGAAAAAACUACACUGGUUCCCCCAUGUAGCAGGAGGGAUGAAAUUUGCCACAGUAAGGUGUGUAUGAGUAUGAGAAUUCCACAGAACUUUUGAAAGUCCCACAUUUGGGAAUCAGUAUUUCAAAUUUUAGAUAGGAAUUUUAGAUAAGUUUACACUCCGAAGCCCCUUGCCCACAUGAAAUGUUAAGUUGCCGUAAAUUGAUAUGCACCUGAUGUGUAAAUGAAAGGCCAGCUGCAAAUGGCAAUGUUUUGUGGGUAAACAAUAAUACAGUGUACAUGUAGCUGUGAGAAACAAUGUUCAUUUUUCCUACUUGCCUCACUGAGUGUAGAUAAGAUACAGUUUUGUGAUGCACUCUUAAGCUUAUCUCAUACUUUGGUCAUGGCUUUGAUACUAUACUUGUGAACAGAAAUGGUUAACAUUCUUGAGUUAAUAGGAGCACAGUAUAUAAUACCUGUAUGUGUUUUGGGGUAUGUGGCUGUGAUAGAAACACAUCUCAGGUACCCAUUUUUUCCAUGAAAUUGUUCUCAAUGUUUACAUUGAAUGUAUACUUUUGAAUUUAAUAAAAGGUGAACACCAGUACCCUGUUGUAGUUGUCUGCAUGUACAGGUAGCUUACUUGAGAAGGUUUCAUUUAAAAUCUAAGAUACAUAUUUCAUCCUGCUCUUUGUGCUCAGGUGGGGAUUCAAGUUUGCAGAGCUCCUAUCAAAUUAUGAGAAACACUCAGGAAAUGUCAGGUGAUAGAUCACGUGAUGGCGCAAGACAUCUUCCAGAGGAUUUCCCGUUACAAGAUUACUUAGGAACUCAAUCUGAUUCAUCUGAAAGAGAGAGUUGCACAAGUGGGGAUUCAAGUUUGCAGAGCUCCUAUCAAAGUAUGAGAAACAGUCAGGAAAUGUCAGGUGAUAGAUCAUGUGACGGUGCAAGACAUCUUCCAGAGGAUUUCCCAUUACAAGAUUACUUAGGAACUCAAUCCGAUUCAUCUGAAAGAGAGAGUUGCACAAGUGAGAAUGACUCUUAUCUCAUACCAAGCCAAGUGGCUUGUUUUCAUGAAAAACAAGCAGCUGACAGAGAGGCACUGGAUGCUACCACAUCAAAUCAUAAACCUGAAGGAAUAGAUAUAGAUAGGAAUGAAGACAUCAUGAUGGAAUAUGAUGAGAUGAUCAAUCAGUCUUCCCAACUUUGUGCAACAGGAAGCGAUCAAAAUGAUCCUAACUGCAGCCUAACUGAAGAAAAACGCUUUCUCUGUCGUGUUUGUAGCAAAGGUUUUUACAUCAAGUCUAGGUUGUCUAGGCACAUGGAAAGUCAUGGAAGAGAAAAGGCCCCUAGCAAGAAGCCACAUCAGUGUAUGGUCUGUGAUUUGAGAUUUAGUCGUGUUGAUGAGUUCUCAAGACAUAUAAGAUCCCAUACAGGAUCCUAUCCAGGAGAAAUGCCUUACAAGUGUUCUUUUUGUCAAAAAUCACUUUCCACCAGCGGUCACCUUUCAAGGCACAUGAGAUCCCACACAGGAGAAAGGCCUUACGAGUGUUCUUUUUGUAAAAAAACUUUUUCCCACACCCAUCACCUUUCAAGGCACAUAAAAAUCCACACAGGUGAAAGGCCCUUCCAGUGUUCCAUAUGUAGCAAAACCUUUUCCGAGCGGGAUUUUCUGACACAACAUCAGAAAGUUCACGCAGGAGAAAAGCCAUAUUUGUGUCCCGUCUGUGGCAAAAGCUUUUCCGAACGGUUUCAACUGACAGAACAUCAGAAAGUUCACACAGGAGAAAAGCCAUAUUUUUGUUCCAUUUGUGAGAAAAGGUUCACUAGUAAAAGUUAUUGCAAACGACACAUGAGGAUCCAUACGGGAGAAAAACCCUUUCCAUGCUCCAUCUGUGACAAAAGCUUUCGGGAAAAGAGUACCCAUACAAAGCAUAUGUCAACUCACAGUGGAGAAAAGCCUCAUGUAUGUUUGAUUUGUAACAAAGCAUUUUCCCAAAGAAGAUCUCUUUUAAGACAUAAAACGAUACACACCAAAGAAACUAAUAUGGAAAAGUCCUAAUGAUGUAACGUUUGUAACAAGGGGUUUUUCUAUGAGAAGAGCCUGCUAUUGCAUAUGAAAAGUCACAUAGGAGAAAUGCCUCAUAAAUGAUUCGUUUGUAAGUUGUAACAGAGGGUUCAGCAGUAACUCCUUUCUUGUAGGCAUAUAAGAAGCCACACAGGUUGUACAGACACUGAAAAUCAAAUGUAGCUUGCAAUAUUGAAUAGUUAAUAAUGAAAUGGUGCUAAUUUUGUGUGCUUGAUUUUUAUCACCUACAGGUACCCUAUGUCAAGAUUGCCAACCUUAUAUUUACUUGUUCUUUUUUGUUUUGGUUGGAGUUGUGGUGGUCUUGUGGAUAUGUCACUGGACUGUAGAUCACAUGGUUUUCAGCUCGAGUCCUGCCGUUUUAUGUAUGUUCUUUGUCAAGACAUUAAUCUAAUUUUUAAUACACACGACCCAAAUUCUUUGAAAUGCAAUUGUUCAUUAAUGGCAGCCAUGCUAAAGCAAGUGUAAUAAUGUUUGAGUAUUUGGAUUGAGUCAGACAGACAUAAGCACUAUAACCCACUAUUAUAAGUAUUAUUAAUAUUAUUACUAUUGCU